AAAUCUCACAUUUCACAGCUAAUGACUACCUUUUCCUUCUGUAAUAUUUUGCUUUAUUUGAAUCCACUUGUGAUCAUAUUUUCCGGCGGCCUAAGUCGAGGCUUAGGUAACUUGGGGAAGGCGAAGGACUGAACUAUAAGAUAUCUGCUCAGACAUUUCGCUCUUUUCACAAUCGGCUGAUCAUACUCAUUGUCGCCUCUUCAAGAACAUCUUUUUCUUUCACUCUUUUCUGGGUAGGGAUAAAGAUUCUCUUCCAAAGUUUCAAGCUGACCAUAGUAGAAAGAAAUAAUGCCGAAGAACGCCGGGUUCUUAGUCUGUCUGCUUAUAAUGGCCAUGGAUGUUGUUGCCGGUAUACUUGGCAUCGAGGCUGAAAUUGCCCAGAACAAGGUCAAACAUUUAAAAGUGUGGAUAUUCGAAUGCCGAGACCCGAGCUACCAGGCCUUUAAGCUGGGAUUGGCUGCCGCCGUACUCCUUGCCGUAGCUCAUGCAAUCGGGAAUUUGCUCGGAGGUUGCAUUUGCAUCUGGUCCAAGAAAGAUUUGGAUAACACCUCUGCCAACAAGCAACUAGCCGUAGCAUCCCUCAUCUUCUCUUGGAUAAUCUUGGCUGUUGCAUUCUCGAUGCUGAUCGUUGGGGCAAUAUCCAACUCCAAAUCGAGGAGAUCAUGUGGGAUAUCACACCAUCGACUUCUAUCAAUCGGUGGAAUAUUAUGCUUCAUCCAUGGAUUGUUCACGAUUGCUUAUUACGUAUCAGCCAGGGCUACGCGGAAAGAAGCCGAUGCAGGUGCGGCUCGUCAGCACGGUGGCCACGCUUAGGACUAACACAUGAUCUGCAAUUAGUUCGGGCAAGAAAUUACAUAUCCACAUUUCUUUUUCUUUUUCAAGAUUCAUUAUGAUUAAUUAGUUGGAUAAACGGUCGAAUUAUAGGGGAGAUUAAUUAGUAGGUACUGCUGAGGGCUUCAUGUCUAAUUAUUGAUGCUAUGGAUUGUUAAUUAAUUUGUGCUUACAUUUUGUUCAGAUUUUUAUAACAUGAACCACUUUUGGAAUCA